GUUACCUGAAAUUCCUAUAGGAUUUACGUGUCAUGUUGAUGAUAAUGAACAAGAAGUUCUUCCAUCAGGAAAUUGUCAUUUUGUUAUUAAACACCCUAGAAAAUACAAGAUUAAAUAUUAUGGAAAUAAUAUUCUUGAACUUGAACCUAAAAUAAAAUCUUAUAGUAUUAAAAUUUGGCUGUUCUGA